AUGGCAAAUACAAGCGAGUUUGGGGAAAGCAAUCCUUCACUACAGAAUUAUGCUAUCACCGCCUCUGCGGUGAAACUGGCCUCGCUCGGUCUGAUCAUUUGCAUCAGCCUUGUAGGGAAUGUGGCGCUGUCCCUGUUGGUUCUGAAGGACAGCUCCCUUCAAAAGGCUCCGUAUUAUUUUCUACUUGAUCUGUGCUUGGCAGAUAUAAUACGGUCUACCGUGUGUUUUCCCUUUGUGAUGAUAUCAAUCAAUAACGGUUCCACCUGGACAUACAGCAUUAUAAGUUGUAAGAUUAUUGCUUUCAUGUCAGUCCUUUUUUGUUUCCAUGUAGCGUUUCUGCUCUUCUGCGUCAGUGUCACCAGAUACAUGGCGAUAGCACACCACAGGUUUUAUUCCAAACGAAUGACAUUAUGGACAUGUGUGGCAGUGAUUUGCAUGGUCUGGACCCUCUCUGUCGCUAUGGCUUUCCCCCCUGUAUUCGACGUGGGCACCUACAAAUUCAUCCAUGAGGAGGAACAAUGCAUUUUCGAGCACCGAUACGUGAAAGCAAACGAUACCCUGGGCUUCAUGUUGAUGCUGGCUGUCAUCGUGGGAACAACACACGUUGUUUACAUAAAGAUGCUGUGUUUUGUUUAUGACCACCGCAAGAUGAAACCUGCUCAGCUGGUCCCAGCUAUAAGCCAAAACUGGACCUUCCACGGGCCAGGUGCAACUGGGCAGGCAGCUGCCAAUUGGAUUGCAGGAUUUGGACGUGGUCCCACCCCACCAACAUUAGUGGGCAUCAGGCAAGCCUCGCAUAAUGGAAACAGACGGCUGCUUGUCUUGGAUGAAUUUAAAAUGGAGAAACGCAUAGGGAAAAUGUAUUACAUGAUUACUCUGGCGUUUCUUCUCUUCUGGGCCCCGUACAUUGUUGCUUGUUACCUUCGAGUUUUUGUCAAAGGAGGCACCAUUCCACAGGUCUACCUGACUGCGGCGGUGUGGAUGACGUUCAUUCAGGCGGGGGCGAAUCCCAUUAUUUGUUUCAUAUUCAACAAGGAGCUGAGGAUCCGUCUCAGAGCUUGUUUCCCGUGUUGUCUCAGCACACAGACGCCUAUGUCUAUGGAGCCUUACUGUGUCAUCUGA